AGACUAGUGGCGUUAGGGGGCUAUCUAUACUGGUGACGCAGGAAAAACACCCAGAGAGGAGAGCAGAAAUUCAAGGAAGCAGAGGAGCACUCCUGUGACCCAUUGCAUGCCAGAAAUCCUCGCUACAGACGCGAUAUCCAUGCUCCGGACUGUGUAAUCUCGAGAGAAUCUGGAUUAGUGGCCAUAACUGAGGAAAUUGCAUCUAAUUUCUGGGUUAUGCAAUGGUCACUGCAACUCAGCCUAAGCCUCCGGUGCUGCUCUCCUGCUCAGUCACCCUCCGGUUCCACCUUGCUGCCCUCCAGGCAGUGAUUUCCCACCUGGCUCCUGCCACUUAAGCUGACAAGAUUGCAAAGAUUUGCCCUGUGUCGAGCAUGACGGCCACCACCCGGGGCUCCCCCGUGGGGAGCAGCGACCAGCAGGGCCAGAGCCAGGCUCCGGACAGCACACAGAGCCAAACCAUACUCCCCCCAAACCAGGCGCCUUCUCCCAACUCCUCUAAUGAAACGUCUCCGGUGAGUCCACCAGAGGAGCAGGGGCAGGCUGAUGCUCCACAAGCACAGGAAGAGGAGGAGCCAGCCUUCCCCCACACAGACCUGGCCAAGCUGGAUGACAUGAUCAACAGACCUCGCUGGGUCGUUCCAGUCUUGCCAAAGGGGGAGCUGGAAGUUUUACUUGAAGCUGCUAUAGAUCUUAGUAAAAAAGGGCUUGACGUGAAGUGUGAGGCGUGUCAAAGAUUUUUCCGAGAUGGUCUGACAAUCUCGUUCACAAAAAUACUGACAGAUGAGGCGGUGAGCGGCUGGAAGUUUGAGAUUCAUAGGUGCAUCAUCAAUAACACACACCGGCUGGUGGAGCUCUGUGUGGUCAAGCUGUCUCAGGACUGGUUUCCUCUGCUUGAGUUGUUGGCCAUGGCAACCAACCCUCACUGCAAGUUUCACAUCUACAACGGGACCCGGCCGUCCGAGAGCGUGCCUGCCGGUGCCCAGCUCGCCGACGAUGAGCUCUUCGCACGUCCGCCAGACCCUCGCUCACCUAAGGGCUGGCUGGUGGACCUCAUAAAUAAAUUUGGCACACAGAAUGGGUUCCAGAUUUUACACGAUCGUUUCAUGAGUGGCCAAGCUCUUAAUGUGCAGAUUAUCGCAGCUCUUAUCAAGCCUUUUGGGCAGUGUUACGAGUUCUUGACGUUACACACAGUGAAAAAGUUCUUCUUGCCGGUGAUCGAGAUGGUUCCACAGUUUCUGGAGAACCUCACAGAUGAAGAACUUAAGAAGGAGGCCAAGAAUGAAGCCAAGAACGAUGCCCUGUCCAUGAUCAUCAAGUCGCUGAAGAAUCUGGCAUCCAGAGUACCAGGCCAAGAAGAAACGGUCAAGAAUUUAGAAAUCUUUAGGUUAAAAAUGAUCCUCAGGUUAUUGCAAAUUUCCUCUUUUAAUGGAAAAAUGAACGCACUAAAUGAGGUGAACAAGGUGAUCUCCAGUGUUUCCUAUUACACCCAUCGCCAUGGCAACCCGGAGGAGGAGGAGUGGCUCACUGCUGAACGGAUGGCGGAAUGGAUUCAGCAGAAUAACAUUCUCUCGAUUGUGCUGAGGGACAGUCUGCACCAGCCUCAGUAUGUGGAGAAGCUGGAGAAGAUCCUGCGCUUCGUCAUUAAAGAAAAAGCCCUGACUUUACAGGACCUGGACAACAUCUGGGCUGCACAGGCUGGUAAGCAUGAAGCCAUUGUGAAGAAUGUUCAUGACCUGCUGGCCAAGCUGGCCUGGGACUUCUCUCCUGAGCAGCUGGACCAUCUAUUUGAUUGCUUCAAGGCGAGCUGGACGAACGCAAGUAAGAAGCAGAGGGAAAAGCUGCUGGAGCUGAUCCGCAGGCUGGCAGAGGAUGAUAAGGAUGGAGUGAUGGCUCACAAGGUGCUCAACCUGCUGUGGAACUUGGCGCACAGUGAUGAUGUUCCUGUUGAUAUCAUGGAUCAGGCCCUGAGUGCCCACAUCAAGAUCCUGGACUACAGCUGCUCUCAGGACCGUGACACACAGAAGAUCCAGUGGAUUGACCGCUUCAUUGAGGAACUACGAACCAAUGAUAAGUGGGUGAUUCCAGCUCUGAAGCAGAUCAGAGAGAUAUGCAGUCUGUUUGGAGAAGCCCCUCAGAACCUCAGUCAGACGCAGCGGAGUCCACAUGUGUUCUACCGUCACGACCUGAUCAACCAGCUGCAGCACAACCAUGCUCUGGUAACACUGGUGGCAGAGAACCUGUCUGCUUACAUGGAGAAUAUGAGACAGUUCUCUAAAGAUCACACAGGCUUCGAUCCUCAGACGGUGCGGGUGGGCAGCCGCUACAGCCAUGUACAGGAAGUUCAGGAGAGGCUCAACUUCCUGAGGUUUCUGCUGAAGGAUGGGCAGCUGUGGCUGUGUGCUCCGCAGGCUAAGCAGAUUUGGAAGUGCCUGGCUGAGAACGCGGUCUUCCUCUGUGACAGAGAGGCCUGUUUCAAAUGGUACUCUAAACUAAUGGGUGAUGAGCCUGAUCUUGACCCAGACAUCAACAAGGACUUCUUUGAGAACAAUGUGCUGCAGCUGGACCCCUCGCUGCUGACCGAGAACGGGAUGAAGUGCUUUGAACGCUUCUUCAAAGCCGUGAACUGCAGGGAGGGCAAGCUUGUGGCGAAGCGGAGGGCAUAUAUGAUGGAUGAUCUGGAGCUUAUCGGCCUCGACUACCUCUGGAGAGUUGUGAUUCAAGGCAGCGAUGACAUUGCCAGUCGUGCAAUAGACUUGCUGAAAGAGAUUUACACCAACCUUGGACCAAAACUACAAGUGAAUCAGGUGGAGAUCCAUGAAGACUUCAUCCAGUCCUGUUUCGACCGCCUGAAGGCCUCGUAUGACACGCUUUGUGUGUUGGAUGGGGACAAGGACAGCAUAAACUGUGCUCGGCAGGAGGCCAUUCGUAUGGUUAGAGUGCUGACUGUGCUGAAAGAAUACAUCAAUGAGUGUGACAGUGACUAUCACGAGGAGAGGACUAUUCUUCCUAUGUCCAGGGCGUUCCGUGGGAAGCACAUUACCCUGGUGGUGCGGUUUCCUAACCAGGGCCGGCAGGUGGACGACCUGGACAUCUGGUCUCACACUAACGACACCAUUGGCUCUGUGCGCCGCUGCAUCCUCAACAGAAUUAAAGCCAACAGCACACACACCAAAAUCGAGCUUUUCAUUGGAGGAGAGAUCGUGGACCCAGCUGACGACCGGAAGCUAAUUGGACAGCUUAACCUUAAAGACAAAACUCUGAUAACAGCAAAACUGACCCAGGUAAGCUCCAACAUGCCUUCUAGUCCUGACAGCUCUUCUGAUUCAUCUACGGGCUCACCUGGCAACCAUGGCAACCACUACAGUGAUGGACCCAACCCUGAGGUGGAGAGCUGUCUGCCAGGAGUGAUCAUGUCUCUGCAUUUGCGGUAUAUCUCCUUCCUGUGGCAGGUUGCUGAUUUGGGCUGCACCUUGAACAUGCCUCUGCUGCGGGAUGGAGCCAGAGUGCUCAUGAAGCUCAUACCUCCAGAUAACACUACAGUGGAGAAUCUGCGAGCCAUCUGCCUGGACCAUGCUAAGCUGGGAGAGAACAGCCUUAGCCCCACGUUAGACUCGCGCUUUUUCGGCCCCUCACCUUCACAAGUGCUCUACCUCACUGAGGUGGUAUAUGCCCUUCUGAUGCCAGCCAGUGGUACUCUGGGUGAAGACGCCAGUGACUUCCAGUACAACUUUCUGAAGAGCGGAGGUCUCCCGCUGGUGCUGGGCAUGCUCACGAGGAACAACUUUCUGCCCAAUGCUGACAUGGAGACGCGUCGUGGAGCCUACCUUAACGCCCUGAAGAUUGCUAAGCUCCUGCUCACUGCUAUUGGCUUUGGGCACGUUAAAGCUGUGGCAGAGGCAUGCCAACCUGUGGUGGAGGGAACCAACCCUGCAUCACCUAUAAAUCAGGCGACGCACGAUCAAGCCCUGGUGCUGCAGAACGCUCUGCAGAAUAUUCCCAACCCUGCCUCAGAGUGCAUGCUGCGCAACGUAGCGAUCCGACUGGCCCAGCAGAUCUCUGAUGAGAAUUUCUUCCAGGCUUCGAAGUACAUCCCAGACAUCUGUGUGAUUCGGGCGGUGCAGAAGAUUGUCUGGGCGUCAGGCUGUGGAAGCGUUCAGCUGGUCUUCAGCUCCAAUGAGGAGAUCAGCAAGAUCUAUGAGAAGACUAAUGCAGGUAAUGAGCCGGAUGCGGAGGACGAGCAGGUGUGCUGUGAGGCUCUGGAGGCCAUGACGCUGUGUUUCGCACUCAUCCCUACAGCCUUAGACACACUCAGCAAGGAAAAGGCCUGGCAGACCUUCAUCAUCGACCUACUCCUGCACUGUCAGAGCAAGUCAGUACGUCAGAUGGCUCAGGAGCAGUUUUUCCUCAUGGCCACACGCUGUUGCAUGGGCCACCGACCUCUUCUCUUCUUCAUCACUCUGCUCUUCACUGUUCUGGGAAGCACUGCAAAAGAGAGAGCAAAGCAUGCUGGGGAUUACUUCACCCUCUUAAGGCACUUGCUCAACUAUGCAUACAACAGCAACAUUAACCUGCCCAAUGCCGAGGUCCUGCUCAACAAUGAGAUCGACUGGCUGAAGAGAAUCAGGGAUGAAGUAAAGAGAACCGGAGAGACUGGUGUGGAAGAGACCAUACUGGAAGGUCACCUGGGGGUCACAAAGGAGCUGUUGGCCUUCCAGACACCUGAGAAGAAGUUCUGCAUUGGCUGUGAGAAGGGUGGAGCAAACCUUAUAAAGGAGCUGAUAGAUGAUUUCAUCUUUCCAGCAUCUAAUGUUUAUCUGCAGUAUAUGAAGACUGGCGAGUUUCCUGCUGAACAGGCAAUCCCAGUGUGCAGUAGUCCUGCUACCAUUAACGCUGGUUUUGAACUGCUUGUAGCACUUGCUGUUGGAUGUGUUCGAAACCUGAAGCAGAUUGUCGACACGCUGACAGAUAUGUACUAUAUAGGCUGUGAGGCACUGACAGAAUGGGAAUACCUCCCACCUGUGGGGCCACGACCCAUUAAAGGAUUUGUGGGUCUGAAGAACGCAGGAGCCACAUGCUAUAUGAACUCAGUGAUUCAGCAGCUGUACAUGAUCCCUCCCAUCCGAAACGGCAUUCUGGCCAUAGAGGGCACUGGCAGUGAUGUGGACGAUGACAUGUCUGGAGAUGAGAAGCAGGAUAAUGAGAGUAAUGUGGACUCCAGGGAUGAAGUGUUCAGUUUUCACCACCAGUUUGAUGACAAGCCCUCUCUCAAUAAGGCUGAGGACCGCAAGGAGUACAAUAUUGGAGUGCUGCGCCACCUGCAGGUCAUCUUCGGCCACCUCGCUGCAUCCAGGCUGCAGUAUUACGUACCUCGAGGCUUCUGGAAACAGUUCAGGUUAUGGGGUGAGCCGGUCAAUCUGAGGGAGCAGCACGACGCCCUGGAGUUUUUUAACUCUUUGGUGGACAGUCUGGACGAGGCUCUGAAGGCGCUCGGUCAUCCCAGCAUGCUCAGCAGAGUCUUGGGUGGCUCCUUUGCAGACCAGAAAAUCUGCCAGGGCUGUCCCCACAGGUAUGAGUGUGAGGAGUCCUUCACUACGCUGAAUGUGGACAUCAGGAACCAUCAGAACCUCCUCGACUCCAUGGAGCAGUACGUCAAAGGGGACCUGCUGGAGGGAGCCAAUGCUUAUCAUUGUGAAAAGUGCAACAAGAAGGUUGACACAGUAAAGCGCCUUUUGAUUAAGAAGCUGCCCCCUGUACUCGCCAUCCAGCUGAAGCGUUUUGACUAUGACUGGGAACGUGAGUGUGCCAUAAAGUUUAAUGACUACUUCGAGUUUCCUCGUGAGCUGGACAUGGAGCCGUACACAGUGGCCGGUGUCGCCAAGCUGGAGGGUGAUGAGCUUUCUCCGGAGAGCCAGGUCAUCCAUCAGAACCCUCCCCUGGAGUCGGAGUCCGGCGGAAGCUCCCGGUAUCGGCUGGUGGGCGUGCUGGUGCACUCGGGCCAAGCGAGCGGCGGGCACUACUACUCCUACAUCGUUCAGAGGCAUGGCAACGGCAGUGACGGGCAGAGGGAUCGCUGGUAUAAGUUUGACGACGGAGACGUCACAGAGUGCAAGAUGGACGACGACGAGGAGAUGAAGAACCAGUGCUUCGGAGGAGAGUACAUGGGCGAGGUGUUCGAUCAUAUGAUGAAGCGGAUGUCGUACCGGCGGCAGAAACGCUGGUGGAACGCUUACAUUCUCUUCUACGAGCGCAUGGACACGGCAGGGGGCGACAGUGAGCUGCUAAAGUACAUAGCUGAACUAACGCUCAUGCCCAAACCCCACCAGCUCAAAAUGCCAACAGCUAUCGAGUGCAGCGUGCGCAAACAGAACGUGCAGUUUAUGCACAGCCGGAUGCAGUACAGCCUAGAGUACUUCCAGUUCAUCAAAAAACUACUCACCUGCAAUAGUGUGUAUCUGAACCCUCCUCCAGGUCAAGAUCACCUACUACCUGAAGCUGAAGAAAUAGCAAUGAUAAGUAUUCAGCUUGCUGCUAGAUUCCUGUUCAGCACAGGAUUCCACACGAAAAAAGUAGUCCGAGGCCCUGCUAGUGACUGGUAUGACGCUCUCUGCAUCCUAUUGCGUCACAGUAAGAAUGUCCGCAGCUGGUUUGCACACAACGUCCUCUUUGCCUUCCCCACGCGGUUCUCUGAGUAUUUAUUGGAGUGCCCGAGUGCUGAGGUCCGGGGAGCUUUCUCCAAGCUUAUAGUCUUCAUUGCACACUUCUCCCUGCAGGACGGACCAUGUCCCGCUCCUGUUACCUCACCGGGGUCCUCCACGCAGACUUGUGACAGUCUGACUCUGAGUGAUCACCUGCUGCGGGCGGUGCUAAACCUGUUGAGGAGGGAGGUGUCUGAGCACGGACGCCACCUUCAGCAGUACUUCAACCUUUUCGUUAUGUACGCCAACCUGGGUUUGGCAGAGAAGACGCAGCUGUUGAAGUUGAGUGUUCCAGCUACCUUCAUGCUGGUGGCUUUGGACGAGGGUCCUGGUCCUCCCAUUAAAUACCAGUAUGCAGAACUUGGCAAGCUGUACACAGUAGUGUCUCAGCUGGUGAGAUGUUGUGACGUCUCGUCACGCAUGCAGUCCUCAAUUAAUGGUAAUCCAGCUCUUCCAAACCCAUAUGGUGACUCCAACCUCACCGCUCCCAUCAUGCCUCUGCAGCAGCUGGUGGCAGAGAUACUCUUUGUGCGCACCAGUUAUGUGAAGAAGAUCAUAGAGGACUGCAGUAACUCUGAAGAGACGGUUAAACUGCUGCGCUUCUGCUGCUGGGAGAACCCUCAGUUCUCCUCCACUGUACUCAGUGAACUCCUCUGGCAGGUGGCGUACUCUUAUACUUACGAGCUGAGGCCUUACCUGGACCUGCUACUCCAGAUCCUGCUGAUUGAGGACUCAUGGCAGACCCACAGAAUCCAUAAUGUGCUGAAGGGGAUUCCUGAUGACCGGGACGGUUUAUUUGACACCAUCCAACGCUCCAAGAACCACUACCAGAAGAGGGCGUAUCAGUGCAUCAAGUGCAUGGUUGCCCUCUUCAGUAACUGCUCUGUGGCCUAUCAGAUCCUGCAGAGUAAUGGGGACUUGAAGAGGAAAUGGACAUGGGCAGUGGAGUGGCUGGGCGAUGAGCUGGAGAGGAGGCCGUACACGGGGAACCCUCAGUACAGCUACAACAACUGGUCUCCUCCAGUGCAGAGCAAUGAAACCUCGAACGGCUACUUCCUGGAGCGAUCUCACAGUGCCAGGAUGACGCUGGCCAAGGCCUGUGAACUGUGUCCUGAGGAGGAGCCUGAUGAUCAGGAAGCCCCUGAUGAUCAUGAUUCCUCCCCACCAGAAGACACAGCACUCUACCCUCAUUCACCUGGGACACAGUAUCAGCAGCCGAACAACCACCCACACGGGCAGCCUUACACAGGACCAGCUGCCCAGCACAUGAACAACCCUCAGCGUCCGCCCCAGAGGCCUCAGGAGAGCUGGGAGGGCACGGAGGAGGCGCCGCCUGUGCAAACGAAAGAGUAGCCGACUGCCCCGAGCCUCGCCUCUCCACCCUGUCCUGAUCUGGUCUGACUGACGGCUCUGUCGGGGCUCGCCCAGGCCUUACGAGCACCUGCCACCCUUUCUCCAGGGCAGAGCAACUCCUCCAGACUCCUCCCCCUCACAGCUCCUCUACCCAUUUCUCCCUCAGCUUAUGCUGUGUCCUGCGCAUCUGUAGUAAUAAUCAUCUCUCCUUUUACCCCUCUUCAUACCGCCUUAACUUCCUCUCGCUGUGUCCCGGCUUUUAGUUGAUUGAGUUGUUGGAUUGAGAUGAAACUGGAUUGGAUUUGGGUCUCAACACUGACUGCCCUGAAGAGCUUGGUGCUCAAACAUACACUCUCAUACAUGCAUACACACGCAUAUAUAUAUAUAUAUAUAUAUAUAUAUAUAUAUAUAUAUAUAUAUAUAUACACAUGCAUACACAUACACACAUGCACACAUACAUGCUGCCUAUGUACAGCACUUUUUGUAAAGAAGGAUAGAUAGCCUGUUGGGUGAUUUAUGUUCAGGAAUAAGGAUGGUGUACAUAGUGUGUAUAAAUUUGGACCAUCACCAACUGUAACAGCGACUGCCAAAUUGUCUGUUGGUGUCCAAGACUUGAUUAUCUAUAAGAUCUUGUUGGUACAGUUGGUUUUUAUUAAUAAAUAAUAAAUAAAUAUAAAGGGGGAGUUGGGGUGCAGACAGUACGUAGUCUGUGCUUGCUGACUAUAUACACUAUAUGAGCUAAAGCAUUGGGAUACCUGCUAUAAUUUAUUGUUUCUUCUGUACAAAAACUCAAGCCUCAUCAAUAAAAAAUACACAAGAGAACAGAAGAAAAGAACAUGAGAGAACACGGUUCCACUGCUCUAGAGCUCUACAGCUUUAAAGCCCAGGCCUGGCAUUAGAAAUGAUGCCAAUAUGUUUAUAUGUGUUUACCUGCUCCAGAGAGUCCUUUUCUAUUGGCAAUACUGAGGUAAAGCUUAACUUAAAGUCGCUGAAUGCGUUUAUUUGAAGGGAUGUCCACAAAAUGUGGACAUAUAGUGUAUAUAUGUGUGUGGGGGUGUGUGUGUUGUGAGGGGGUGGGGUGAAGUUGUAAUUUAAUGCCGCUGCUGGGUUCUAGCAGACUUCUGCAACAAGACUAAUGUCCUAAAAUCUGACUGACUCUGCAGGGUCUUUGGUUGGACUUGUUUGGACAUUUUGGCCUCAGUAUGAGGGUUUAAAGCCUGUCUAUCCUAAAGCACUUGUCUGCCCCUUAUCUUUUUUCACUCUUUUAUCAUCUUUUCAUCCAUUACGUCACCGGGAGAGCUUAAGGAGUUUUUGGCUGGUUUGGAUCAUUUGACGCUGCUGCUGUUCUGCUAGAGCUUCAGCUCCUCUGCCUCUUCAUCCUCUGCCUCUACCUUCACAUAACAUUGGCCUCUUUAGCAGCUGCUGAGUGGUGGAAACGGCCGCUCAGCUGCUCAUUAACUCAGCAGACGGUCCCCGUCUUUCGCUUCAUCGUUUAGUCUGCAUUUAGACUAAUAGUGAGACAUCUGAGACAUCCUGAAAAAAGGACAGGGUAGCACUUUGGGAUUUGUAUUCGGGGUAAAGAAAAGGCGAGAGAACUCUUCUCCUCCAUCUUCUAGUCUGUUUGGAUUGGCCUGGUAGUGACUCAACUCAACUCCACUCAAGCCCUAGGACACCUGCCACUUCCCCGGCCGCUGUACCGCCAGACCCGGCCACAUGCCCGUAACUCUGAGAGUAAGGAGAUUUAUUUAGUCAGGGCUGGAGGGUUAGUUUCAGUGUGAUGCUUUGUGACUAGCGUUCUGCGGGAUUUGUCAGCGUUGGAACAUACUGUACUACAUUUAUUUGAUGAAUGUGUGUGUGGGUUUCAUUUAUGCUUUUGUAUAAAAUACCAAAAAAAAAAGACCUUGCAAAAGAUAAAUCAGAUCCAAGAGAUUAUAUAUAGCUGUUUUCUUUUAUAGACUUUAUUUUGCUGAAUUUGCAAAGAAAGAGUGUUCGAUUUAAAAGGAAAAAUGUCUGUUAUUUUUACGAGGAGAUAUUUACUGUACAGAAAAGUAGAAAAGUUGUGCACCCUGUUUUUUUUUCUUCUUUUUGUUUUCUUUUUUUUUUUUUUGCUUUUUGCUUUUUUCCCCCCUUCCUUUUUGUUGAAGUUUGACGAUGAUAAUGAUGAUAAUAAUAAUAAUGAGGGUGUGAAGUUUACUGUAGAUUCUGGAGCUACAGUAGCCAUGUUUUUCACUUGGUUUGUCUGGGUUUUUUUUCUUCUGCCCAAAAGUACAACAUUGAUCUCAUUGCUCCACGAGUAUAAACAGAAAUAAAUAUAAAAAUGUAAAUGCAGUGCAAACUUUAUUUGCUUUUUAUUGUUUCAUUUGUGGUACAUUUUUGUAAAUAUCUAAUGCACGCAAGAAAAGAAAUAAAAAAACGCCUAGCUAAGGAAAAACGUCUCAUGGUUGUGAAACAAGUAGUCUCGUCGAAUUUUUCCUCAAUAGACUGCAUCACAUUGUCCAGAGUGCGAAUAGAAAACACACGGAUUGAUGGAUUUGCUCGAGGCUGCUCUGAAACGUCUGCCAAAUCCACACCAGUGGCCUAUAGACUGGCUGCCCCAGCCUGACUGACGCGCAGCUGCAGAAUCUCACUGGACUUUUUGGUGAUGCUCUGCACCAAUAAAAAAAAAACGCGGUUUUCACCAACGUUAUCGGGGAGUGGCAGGAAACCAUAUGGACCUAGCGGAUUGGUGAUUCCCUCCUCACCCACCUUAACAAGCACUACAGGUCAUCUUACUCUCAGCCCAUCUGUUAACAAGGCUUCCUCCUAGACUGAGAGGUCUCACCAUGUUAAACUUGAUUUUAUUUUUUAUUUUUUUUGUGUUUAUUUUUGGCUUUUUCUCCCCGUUUUUCUUUCUGUAAAUGUUUAUUCAGGAUCAGAUUUGCCUUCUGGUUGCUUUUUUUUGUUGUUUUACUUUUGGUUUAAUUUGGAUUUCUUCUAAAGCUCUUUUUGUGAAAUGUGCAUGGAUAAUAUUCCUCGAUCUGCCUUAGAGCACUGUACAAACCCAGCACACUGUAAAAUUAUACUUUAAAAGUAAAUAAUAAAAAUGGUAUUUGAAAUAUGA